CGCUUACACACAGGAGCAGAGCAUUGAGCGGCCAUAUCUGCCGCCGCCGCCGCCGCCGCAGCUGUGGAUGCAGCAUCUGCGCUUUGCUGCCUCUGCGCCGCUAAGGUUCGCGUAGCUAUCCCGUGGCCCUUGGCUGUUCUGCCUUACCACCAUCGGUGGGAACAGCACGUCCUGACCUGCCUCCCUCCCUCCUUCUCCGCCGCACCCCGGCUGCUCAGACAUGGAUCUCGGCAGCAGCAGCGACUCAGCUCCCGACUGCUGGGAUCAGGUGGACAUGGAAGCCCCGGGUUCGGCUCCGAGUGGGGAUGGCAUCGCCUCUGCGGCCACGGCAGCGGCCGAGGCAGCAGAAGCGGAGGCCCAGCGCCAGCAUCUCAGCACGGCCUUCAGCAGUCAGCUCAACAUCAACGCCAAACCUUUCGUGCCUACUAGCGUAAGCGCCGCGGAGUUCGUGCCGUCCUUCCUGCCGGGCUCGGCCCAGCCGCCCGCCCCCACAGCCUCCAGCAGCGACGAAACCUGCCCCGGCGCCGGAGACCCUCAAGGUAAAAGGCUGGGAUGGGGAGCACCUGUGGAACCUUCCAAAGAUGGACCUUUAGUGUCGUGGGAAGGUUCCAGUUCAGCCGUUACCAUGGAACUUUCAGAACCUGUUGUAGAAAAUGGAGAGGUGGAGAUGGCCCUGGAUGAAUCGUGGGAGCUUAAAGAAGUAAGUGAAGCAAAGCCUGGGGGUUCUUUGGGAGAUUUGGGGCCCCCAGAAGAAAGUGGCAAGGAAAUGAUGGAGGAGAAAGAGGAAAUAAGGAAAUCAAAAUCUAUGGUCAUACCGUCAGGUGCUCCUAAGAAAGAACACGUAAAUGUGGUGUUCAUUGGGCAUGUAGAUGCUGGCAAGUCAACCAUUGGAGGACAAAUAAUGUUUUUGACUGGAAUGGUUGACAGAAGGACACUUGAGAAAUACGAAAGAGAAGCUAAGGAGAAGAAUAGAGAGACUUGGUAUUUGUCCUGGGCCUUAGAUACAAACCAAGAGGAAAGAGACAAGGGUAAAACAGUGGAAGUGGGCCGUGCGUAUUUUGAAACCGAAAAGAAACAUUUCACAAUUUUAGAUGCCCCUGGCCACAAGAGUUUUGUCCCAAAUAUGAUUGGUGGUGCUUCUCAAGCUGAUUUGGCUGUGCUGGUCAUCUCUGCCAGGAAAGGAGAAUUUGAAACUGGAUUUGAAAAAGGUGGACAGACACGAGAGCACGCGAUGUUGGCAAAAACAGCAGGGGUAAAAUACUUAAUAGUGCUUAUUAAUAAAAUGGAUGAUCCUACGGUAGAUUGGAGCAGUGAGCGAUAUGAAGAAUGUAAAGAGAAACUGGUCCCGUUUUUGAAAAAAGUUGGCUUCAGUCCAAAAAAGGACAUUCACUUUAUGCCCUGCUCAGGACUGACUGGAGCAAAUAUUAAAGAGCAGUCAGAUUUCUGCCCUUGGUACACUGGAUUACCAUUUAUUCCAUAUUUGGAUAGUUUGCCAAACUUCAACAGAUCAAUUGAUGGACCAAUUAGGUUGCCAAUUGUGGAUAAGUACAAGGAUAUGGGCACUGUGGUCCUGGGAAAACUGGAAUCGGGAUCCAUUUUUAAAGGCCAGCAGCUUGUGAUGAUGCCCAACAAGCACAAUGUGGAGGUUCUAGGAAUAGUUUCUGAUGAUGCUGAGACUGAUUUUGUAGCCCCGGGUGAAAACCUCAAAAUCAGACUGAAAGGAAUUGAAGAAGAAGAGAUUCUUCCAGGCUUCAUACUUUGUGAACCUAGUAAUCUUUGCCACUCUGGACGCACAUUUGAUGUUCAGAUUGUGAUUAUUGAGCACAAAUCUAUCAUCUGCCCAGGUUAUAACGCGGUGCUUCACAUCCAUACUUGUAUUGAGGAAGUUGAGAUAACAGCCUUAAUCUCCUUGGUAGACAAGAAAUCAGGAGAAAAAAGUAAGACACGGCCCCGCUUUGUGAAACAAGAUCAAGUGUGUAUUGCCCGAUUAAGGACAGCAGGAACUAUCUGCCUGGAGACAUUUAAAGAUUUUCCUCAGAUGGGUCGUUUUACUUUAAGAGAUGAGGGUAAGACAAUCGCAAUUGGCAAAGUUCUGAAAUUGGUCCCAGAGAAGGACUAAGCAAUUUCAUUGAUGCCUCUGCACUGUAAUGUGCGAAGAUUGACUGCAAUUUACUGCUCAUUGACAGACUUUUGUCCAUAUUUUGCAGAGAAAUUUCACAGCAAAAAUCCAUGUUUUGUCAGCUUUCUCAUGUCGAGACCUCAGUUAUGGCACUCUUGAAUGCAUACUCCAGUUUCUUCCCUCUCCACCACUCUGCUUCCUUGGACAGAUCAGUAAUAGCUUUGUAAGUGACGUGUAUGUAAUUGCCUACAAUACUAAAAAUAAUAUAUUUUAAAUUUUGAUUUCCCUUUGGGAUAUCUAGACAUCAUUUGUUCUGUGCAGAACAAUCAGUGUGUCAGUGUGUAUAUGUUAAUGAAGACAACUAACAUGUAAAUAAAGUGUUCCAUUUGAAACUUCAGUAUUUGAAAUGUGUUUGAAUAAUGCUUGAAUUUAUAUGAAUUACUGUUUCAUUAGGUUAUUUUCUCAAGUAAUUAAAUACAUUAUUACUUGGGCUUAAAAAAAUCUCCACUGUUUGAAAUGAGGAAUUGGUCAAAACCACACAGGUUUGUACUAAAUGAAACUUUACUAUGGAAAAAAAAAACCCCUAUCUCAGUGUCCUUUCCAGUUAACUGUGUUUUCUGUGUCUAAGUUCAAUUAGUAAAGGAGUUCUACUUACCCAGUUAUUAUUUGAAAAUGAAGAUUAUCUUUUUUUUCUCUUCCAUUAGGUCCCAUAAUGUUGAGCACGGCCAAAUCACACGUAUUCCUAAGGUUUCAGACUAUAUAUGUUGAAUAGACUCUUAUGUACUCCAUCAUCUUUAAUGUGCUUUGGUAUCAUUCACUGUGAAAUUUGGGGUGCAAGACACAAUAACGGGCAUAAUUACUGAAAAGGUAAAUUGUUGAACUAGGACUAUAUGUCAUUUACUAAAACAAAGGACUUGACAUGGGAAAGGAGUCUAUUCCUCAUGGUUGAGGGUUCAUUACAAUCUGUUCUCCAAACAAAUUCUUGAGGAAAACACCAGUUGUCGAUUCUAAGGUAGUUAGAUUUAUUGCCAGAAGAAUGACUUUAUGACCCUCAGAACUGUCAACAGCUGGAGAAUUUUCUGUCUUGGUAAGUAGGUACUGACUUGGUGUAAACAUCUUCCCAGUGGGGUGCAGAACCAGUUUCUUUUAGGUACAGCUCUAUACUUGGAGUAAGAAACUUCUUUACUAACCCUCAUGUGCAGGCUGCUAGAUGUGGACACUGCGGCCACAACACCCUGGGCCUCUGCUCAGGUAAUGGCAGUGUCUUUCUUUUCCAUGGUCUCUUUCUUUGUGUGCCCAUGAAACUCCUAUCUCAGUGUAUUAGAUCAUUACUGACUGGGUUGGAUUACCGACAGCAUGGCUCUAUUGUGCAUCAUCCACCACAGGUCAUCAGAGCACCUACUUUAGAAAAAGAUUUUAGCUUGUCAUGCUUCAGCUAACCUAAUCCAUAAGGAACCCCAUAUGGUGAUGAACACCAUCAUUUAAUCAUGAAUGUCUAUUGCAGGAUUUUAUCUUUUGUCAUUAGGAGUUCCUCUUUUUUGGUUGUGUGCUAAACUUUGUACAACAAUCAGGCCAGUCCAGUACUUGAUAAAAAUUAUACCUUGGCAGUCACUUUAUUGAGAAUGUCCCUCUAGCCAUGUUAGCCCCACUGUGUAACCUUGGCAGGCCUUGAGCUUGUGAUCAUCCUGCUUCAGUGUCCUUACUGUUGAAAUUAUAGAUGUAAGCCACCACAUCCAGCUCUUGGCAACCAUUUAAAACAUUUUUUAACGUUAUAUUAAUGUCAUAGUAAUUUUAGUAAUUUACCAAUAGCUGUAUAUAUAUAUGUGUAUUAUAUUCAUAUUAUAUCCACACACACAACACACACACUAGCUUGCUCUCUCUUUUCUACUAAUUGGCCAAAAGAAAAGCCGAGACAGAACUCUGUUUCUACUUGCUUUGGAUAAUUUUUCAAAAACUGGUUCCUAAAUAUUUGUGUGUGUGAGAGAGACAUACACAUAAUAUUCAGAGAAAAUGUCAUAAUCUUUUGAAGUCUAUUUUAGAAAUGAUUUCUUUGAAAUUCAGUGAUGAUCCUAUCAUUUAGGAGGUUGGGGACACCAGAGUCUAGCUCUUUUAAGGUAGUACAUAUGAGCCCAGCAUUGUGACACUGGCUUGCAAUGUAACUACUUGGAAAGCUGAGGCAAGAUGAUGUGUUCAAAGCCAGUUCUCCAACUACACAGUGAGUUUGAGAAGAGCCUGAGCUACACAGUGACAGCCUGUCACCGAGAACCACCAGUAGAUAAAGACAUACAGUAAUAUUUCUUUCUAAUUUCUAGGUACUUUAUAGUUGUUAACAUCUAAUAUUUUUCAAUAUUUUAAAUUAGGGCCAUUUGCCAGCACAGCAUUAAUUAGUUUGCCCAGUGCACUGAACUACUUAUAAAGCCAUAAUCAGGGCAGUGCCCCGUUAAAGAAUUUCUGUUAUCUCCAAUUAAUAUUAAGUUAACUUUUUCAUGCUUUAAAUAAGAAUGUCCCUUAUAGGCUCAUGUAUUUGAACCCUUGGUUCUCAGUUGCUGGUGCUAUUUGGGGGAGGUUUGGGAGGUGUGGCCUUGUUGGAGGUAGUAUGCCACUAGGGGUGAUCUUUGAGUGUUUACAGUCUCACCCCACUUCCAGUUGCUCUCUCUGCUUCCUGCUUGCAGUUGAGGAUGCCCACUCUCAGCUUCCUGCUCCCGCUGGCUGCCGUGCCUGCUGCUUGCUGCCCUGCUUCCCUGCCAUGGUGAUCUCUCUGGAACCGUGAGCCUAAGUAAACCCUCCAUUCUGUAAGUUGCUUCUGCUCAUGGUAUUUUAUCACAGCAAUAGGAAAGGAACUGAUGGCAGAAGUUGGAAACCAGAGAGGAGGCUGUUGCUGUAUAGUGCAUGAGCAUGUUGUUUUUCAGAGGAAUGUGGAAGACUGAAACUUUGUAGAAAAGUUGGAUGCCGUAAGCAGACCUUAUCAGGAGCCUUGAAGACUGUGGUGCUGAGAGUACUGCAGAAUGUAGUAGCCUGGCUCACAAGGUUUCAGAAGGGAACAAGAUUAGCAAUUGGACUAGAGCCCAUUUCUGUGCUAUUUUGGCAAAGAAACUGGCUGCCUUCUGCCCUUUUCCUAAGAACUCGCCUGAGGCUGAAUUUUAAGAAGUGGACUGGGAGUUCUGUCCAGGAAACUGUUGCAUGUGUUUAAACAUUUACACCCCCUCGCAUGUUUUCCUCUUGUAGUUUCAGAUCUUCUAUUAAGGUAUUGGAUCCAUUUGUGUUGAUUCUGGUACAGAGAGAAAGUUUCAUGUUUCAUUCUACUAUGUGGGAGUGGACACCAUGGUUUUUGACAUCUUUUUAAGGAUAAGUUGGUUAUAAACUCACACAGUUAUUUCUCUAUUUUAUUCCACUUCUGUGUGUUUUUUAUAUGCCAGUGCCAUGCUUCAUAGUUAUUUCCAUUUUGAAUAUGCAAUACUUCCAAACUUUGUUCUUUUUUCUCAAGAUUACUUUGGCUAUUCUGGGACAUGUGUGCUUCUAUAUAAUUUUUUUAGGAUUAUCUUUCUAGCUCUGUAGACAAUGCCGUUAAUAUUUUGACAGGGAUUGCCUUGAAUCUAUAAAUUAUUUUAGAUAAUAUGGAUAUUUUAACAACAAUAAUUUGUCCAGGUCAUGAAAACUGUGGAGUAAUUUCUUUGGCAGAGGAAAUGGCCAUGCUGUGUAAUGCUGAGUGUGGCAUGACUAUUAUCCAUAAUGCUUUUGCUGGUCUAUGAUGAUAAAGAGAAAGUGGGACAAAAAGAAAUACAGAAUGUACAGUUUGGAGAGAUAAAGAUUGGCUGGAAGAGGGGCUAUAAUUGUUAAGGAGAGUAAUAAAUACCACUAAGGAGAGGUCUGCUUUGCACUUGAAUAAAUGGUAGGGUUCCUUCAGGGCAAGACUCCACCCAGCUAAGCUUCUGACAUGGGAAAGAGAACCUAGAGUGGUUUCUGCUUCUAGAAAGCAACAGCAAAUAAAAGCUGCUGCUCCUGGGGUCCAGGGAAGUGUAGAUCCAUCCCGAGUUGGCAGCCUAACUUGGCAGUAUCAUUCAUGUUGUGUGGGCUUUAGGGGCAUGAAAGAUGCAGAGUGAAGGGGUUGUAGAUUCCUCUUCUUCUGUGUUUACAGAGAGCCCAGGCAGUGAGUGUUAGGGGAGUCCUUGGAUGAAGGCCCUGGGAGGCCAUUACAUGAAGCUGUGAAAAUGAAGCCUGUCCCCAAGAAGUUAGUGAUGUCAGAGCUGUGAGAUGUCUGCCCAGGAGAGCUGCAUACAUGAAGUGAAAGCAUCUAAGAAGGAGAUGUAUGUUGUAGGUACCAAAGCUGAAAGGACAGAGCCAUCUAAGUCCUUUAACAUGGAACAUAGAGCUACAGGGUUUAGUGUUUGCCAUUCUGGAUUCUUGUCUUCCUUUGGUCCCUUUCCUCCCUUUUGGGAUGAUAAUGCAUAUUCUGUGCCAUUGUAUGUUGAUUGGAAGUAAGUAAUUUGUUUUUUUUUUUUUUUAUUUACAGGGAGCUACAGUUAAGAGAUUGCCUUGAGUCACAAAAGAGACUUUGGAUGUUGGACUUUUAAGCAGUGUUGGGGCUUUUAAAGCCUGGGGACAUUUGAAAGCUUGACUGGAUGCAGUUCGCAUUAUGAUAUGACCAUGAGUCUGUGGAGGCCAUAGAGUGGAAUGGGCUGGUUUGAAUACAAGUUGUCCCCCAUAGACUCAUGCAUGAGUCAUGAACACUUGGUCCCCAGUUGAUGGUGCUAUUUAGGGAUGGUUAGGAGUUGUGGCCUUCCUGGAGGAAGGAUGCCACUGAGAGCAGGUUUUGAGUGUUUAUAAUCUCACCCUAUAUCCAGUUUGCUCUCUGCGCUUCACACUUGUAAUUGAGGAUGUGAGCUCUCAGCCUCUGGCUGCCGUGUGUGCCUCUGGCCGCCGUGCUUCUGUAUCAUGAUGCAUGAUGGGCUUUUAUCCUUCUGGAACCAUAAGCUGAAAUAAACUCAUUUUUUUUUUCUAUAUAAGCCAAAAUAAACUCAUUUUUUCCAUAAGUUGUGUUGGUCAUUAUGUUUUAUCACCAAAACAUAUAAGUGGCUAAUGUACUCUUAAAGAGCUUUAUCUCAAAUUUCGGUCAACUAAGAUUAUGCAUAAUUUCCCCA